AUGGCGGUCUUCGAGUUUCGUCGAAUGCCAAGUCAAGUCUUGACCGUCUCGCGGCAGCUAGAUACACAAGUGCAUACAGAGUCUUAUACACUGGGGUCUGAUGAACAGUGGCAAGAGUGGUUAGACCAGAAACAUCCACAGUCGCAGCCGGGAGCUACAAGCAGUAUCAACUUGAUGGCUCAGAGUAGGUUCCCCGACGGUGCGCUGGUAUCAUAUCUACCGUUCUCGAAGUCGAUAUUCCGACAGAUCAUCGGCUGCUUCCAAGUGCACGGCUCGAUUGCCCGCGUCAUCAACAGGAAUACAAACUGCGCCUUCACAAGGAAGAAGCAGUCGUGGGACUCGUCAUCAGGCGCGCGAUAUAUAGUCUACAACUGCCGAUCAGCCGCAUCCUGGCCGGGCGACCUGGCCCUAUCAGUGACCUUCUUCCCAGAGACCCUGGCCACAAACGCAAUCCUGUACGGCUGCGACGAAGCAACAGCAGCCCAGAUAGCCAAGCGUCUGUCCCUGUCCGAGCUUGGCGACUUCCACCCCAUGGUUCUGCCGACCAUCUUCGCCGAGCUGGAGCGCAACAGACAGGUGGCGCUGGUGCAGGAGAAGCUCACGCAGCUCAUCCAGCGGAUCAUCGACAUCGGGUCCAACGCCGCCAUCGCAGCAAGCGCAGACGGCAAAGAAGACGGGUGCUCGGUGUCAUCGUCUUCGGUAGACAAGCCGUCGAUGAUCCUCUGGGUCGAGAUCAGCCACCUGCGCAACGGGCUACUGGCGUUCAGGAAGAAAAUGGUGGACAUGGUCGCGCAUGUCGACGAACUCCAGGACUCGCUAUUCGGCACGAGUACUGGUACCAACGCCAGUGGGUUUCCUGGCAUGGAACCGCGGCGACUGCAGGGCCUGAGGGACUCGGGGGCGCAGAUCAGGGAUCGACUGCAGGAGCUUGUGGAUGAGUACGACGAGCAUAUCCGGGACUGCUCGACGAUGAUCGAUGGGAUGAACAUCGCCUCGCAGUUGGAAUGGAACCAGAUCGGCCGCCGGGACGCGCGGACGAACCUGGACAUCGCCAACAAUAACCUGCAGGUGGCACAGCGCGCCCGGCGCGACAGCAAGCUGAUGAAAUCGAUCGCCAUGCUGACCAUGAUCUUUCUGCCGGGGACCUUCGUUGCGACACUUUUCUCCAUGGGUUUUUUCAGUUGGGAGGGUGGGACUGGCAGCGGCAUGACGGUCUCGUCCGAUAUAUGGAUAUAUGUGCUGGCGACUGUACUGGUGACGUCGAUGACGCUUGGGUCGUGGUAUCUUUGGGCGCUUCGGCGGAAGGAGGUGGGCGAUGUUGAGAAACAGAUGGCUACUGGAUAG